AAUUGCACAUCAGCUUCACACAGGCGUAGACUGGGGCUUUUUUUUGGGGCUUAUGUUGCGUUGUACACCUGUAACUCAGGUUAAUAAGAAAUGGCAGCUGUUGAGGCUCGUAAAGUCAUUAUUUAUGGAGGGAGAGGAGCUCUGGGCUCCAAAUGCGUUGAGUAUUUCAGAUCUAAAAACUGGUGGGUUGCCUGCAUUGACUUAAAUGCAAAUGAAGAGGCGGAUUCCAACAUAACUGUUCAGAUGACAGACUCCUUUAAUGAGCAAGCAAACAAAGUUACAGCUGAUGUAGGAGAGCUGCUGGGAGAUAAAAAGGUUGAUGCAAUUUUGUGCGUGGCUGGAGGCUGGGCAGGAGGAAGUGCGAAGGCCAAAACCUUGUAUAAGAACUCGGACUUGAUGUGGAAGCAGAGUGUGUGGACUUCCACCAUCUCCAGUCACCUAGCAACCAAACACUUGAAAGAGGGGGGUCUUCUCGCACUUCCAGGAGCCAAAGCUGCACUAGGGCCGACCCCAGGAAUGAUCGGUUAUGGCAUGGCUAAGGCUGCAGUACAUCAGCUGUGUCGGAGUCUCGGUGGCGACAAAAGCGGUCUUCCUGCUGGAGCCGCCGCAGUAGCUAUCCUGCCAGUCACCUUGGAUACACCCAUGAAUAGGCAGUUCAUGCCAGAUGCUGAUGUCACUUCCUGGACACCACUGGACUAUGUAGCUGAGUUGUUGCACAAGUGGGCAAUGGGGGAGGAAAGACCACCAUCGGGCACCCUGAUGCAACUCGUUACCACAAACGGCAAAACGGAGGCAACACCUGUUUAACCCUGUGUGUGUGUGUGUGUGUGUGUGUGUGUGUGUGUGAGAGAGAGAGAGAGAGAGAAAGAAAGAAAAUAAAGGUAAAAAGAACAAGAGAUUAGACAGAUUUCUUUGAAACCGGUCUAUAUACGAGUUGUUAAAUUCACUACACUCACAUCCAUUUUAGAAAAUAAACAUAUACAAUUUGCAGGUCUUACAAAGUGAGCAUAUUGUUGGCAUGGGAUGUAUAACACAAUACAUUUCUGAAUUUUGAUGAUUUGAUUCAUCUUGAAAUUGGCGGCACGGUGUCUUAGUGGUUAGCACGUUCACCUCCAGUGCCCUGGGUUCGAGUCUGGUUCCCGCUCACUGUGUGUGUGGAGUUUGCAUGUUCUCCCCGUGCUUGGUGGGUUUCCUCCAGGUGCUCCGGUUUCCUCCCAAAGUCCAAAGAUAUGCUUCUAGGCUGAUUGGAGUCUUUAAAUUGCCCAUAGUGUGUGUGUGUGUGUGUGUGUGAUUGCGUGAGUGAAUGAGUGUGUGUGUGUGCCCUGCGAUGGGUUGGCACUCCGUCCAGGGUGUAUCCUGCCUUGAUGCCCGAGAUAGGCACAGGCUCCUUGUGACCUGAGGAUAGAUCGGAUAAGCAGUACAGACAAUGAAAUGAUCUUGAAAUUUUAAUAUCAGUGUAUUUAUCCCAUAUCCCCAGUUCUCACUCUUUCUAAUCAAAAUGUAGUCAUAUGCUGUAACGUUUCUGCUUUUGAACACUGGGGGGCAGCAUUGAGUCGCUUGGAUUCCGUCUCCACACUGAUUACUGCUGUUAACAGCUUUUAUUGAAUAUUGUCUAGAGUUGUAAAAUGUAUAUAAAAUCAACAUUACACCUAAUAAUUAAAGAUCAUUAAAACAUGAA